AUGACUAGACAUGUGUUUGGUAAUUCUACCUCACCUUCCAUCGCUAAUUAUGGAUUCCGGAAAAUUGUCGAGGGCGCGGAUAAGGAUGUACAAGACCUCAUCAAUGAAAAUUUCUAUGUAGACGAUGGAUUAGUGUCUUGUAAAACCGUGGACCAAACAGUUGACCUCGUGCUUCGAGCUCAGCAAACGCUGCAGGAUAGAGGGAGGGUAAAACUCCACAAGUUUGCCUCGAACAGUAGGCAUGUACUCAACGCUUUGGAUCAAGCUGAUUUAGCCAAGAAUCUGAAGGACUUAGACUUAGGAACUGCUGCACUUCCUACUCAGAGAAGUCUAGGACUUUUAUGGAAUACUGAAAGUGACUCUUUCAUAUUUAGCGUGAAUCAGGUGGAAAAACCAUACACCAGACGUGGCCUGUUGUCAACCAUCAACAGUGUCUUUGAUCCUAUUGGAUUUGUACAACCUGUCGUUAUCGAAGGGAAAAUUCUUCUUCGCGAGAUGAUGUCCGUCACUAAGAAAACUGACUGGGACGACCCAUUACCAGAGGCCUUACACGACAAAUGGGUCUCGUGGAUACAUUCAUUAGCCUGUCUCGAGGAGCUUCAUAUUCCUAGAAUGUACAGUGACAUUUCGUUUGAAGACGCCAUCCGCAGAGAAGUCUUGGUCUUUGCAGAUGCUUCAAAGAACGCAAUAGCUGCCUCAGCAUACCUCAAACUUUAUGAUGUCAAUAGAUCAACUAUCAGCUUCCUAAUGGGCAAGGCUAAGGUGGCACCCAAUCAUGGCCAUUCAAUCCCUCGAUUGGAAUUAUGUGCAGCGGUCCUCGCUACAGAAAUUGCAGAAAGCAUAGCAGAACAGUUGAGCAUUCACAAGGACAACUUUAGUUUCUUCACGGACAGCCAAGUGGUACUUGGAUAUAUCUCCAAUGAGUGUAGGAGAUUCUAUAUCUACGUAGGGAACAGAGUGAGCAGAAUCCGACUCUUUAGCCAACCAUCCCAGUGGCAUUAUAUUGCAUCAGAGCGUAAUCCUGCUGAUGUAGCGACCCGCGGUCUACAUGCAUCAAACCUGUCUGGCUCGUUAUGGCUCAACUGCCCAGAGGAUACCUUGGACGUUGUAUCAGAUACAGGUUACGGUCUUGUUAAUCCAGAGCAGGAUGUAGAAAUUCGUCCAGAAGUAACUUGCGCGUUGCAAUCUGUGGAAAUCAAGGAUAUUGCGAAACCUGGGGUUCCAUUUUCAGACUUCUUCUCUAGAUUUUCAUCAUGGAACAAGCUACUCCGUGUUAUUGCUCGUAUCAAGUUUUGGGCUUGUCGACAUCGCAAGGAUGGGCAUUCACCUACUCGCUUUGAUGACCCUGAGCUAUUGAGAAAUAGUGAACUUGCGAUCAUUGCAUGUGUGCAAAGAGACAUAUUCGCAGAGGAGAUAAGUUGUAUCAAAGACAGAAACAGAAUUCCACGCAACAGUCCACUUAAAUCCCUCUCACCCGUCAUUACAAAUUGUGUUCUUCGAAUUGGUGGAAGAUUGAACAAUGCACUUAACACUGAUAUCACUGAGCAUUUGUGUAAUCCUAUCAUACUUCCAAAGAACCACCACAUUACUCGCUUGGUUAUAAGGCAUUACCAUCAUGAGACGUACCACCAAGGUCGACAUUUUACGGAGGGUGCCGUCCGCUCUGCUGGAUAUUGGGUAAUAGGAAUGAAGAGAAUGAUUUCCGCAGAGAUCAGCCGAUGUGUAGUGUGUCGCAAAUUACGUGGUAAUCUUGGCCAUCAAAAAAUGUCGGAUCUUCCUGAAGACCGUUGCAGAGCCAGUCCGCCCUUCUCUUACGUGGGAGUGGACACCUUUGGCCCUUGGGCAAUUGCGUUUCGACGGACAAGGGGUAGAAGUGCAAAUCAGAAACGGUGGGCAUUGUUAUUUACAUGUCUAGUAACCAGGGCAAUUCACAUUGAGGUUAUAGAACAGCUCUCAAGUUCCUCCUUCAUAAAUGCGCUAAGACGAUUUGUCUCCAUACGCGGACCAGUUACGCAAUUUCGCUCCGACAGGGGAACGAAUUUUAUUGGAGCAUCCGAGGAUCUUGCCAUUGACGCUCAAUUUAUUGAGAGAGGACCUGUAUCAGACUUUCUGUCAAGCUCACGCACUGUGUGGAAGUUUAACCCGCCAUAUGCUCCACAUAUGGGAGGGUCAUGGGAGAGACUAAUUGGAACAGUGAAACGCAUACUCGAUUCUAUGCUGUUGCAACAUAAAGGGAAGACCUUGACUCACGAAGAACUCGCCACACUCAUGUCAGAGAUAUGCGCGAUUGUCAACAACCGACCCUUAGUGGAUGUGUCUUCUGACCCAGAGUCGCCCAACAUAAUUACUCCGUCAAUGCUACUUACAACGAAAACCAAAUCUGAUGUCAAUCCAUUUUCUUCAUUUGGCACCAAGGAUGCACUAAAGUCUGCAUGGAAAAAUGUGCAAGUGAUGACAGAUGCGUUUUGGCGUAGAUGGAAAUUGGAAUACUUGCACCGGCUGCAAGGACGUGUUAAGUGGCAGGAACAGUCUAGAAAUCUCAAAGUUGGAGAUCUCGUUUUAGUCAAAGACAUUGACUCUUCACGCAAUAACUGGCCAACCGGACUUGUUCAGAAAACCUUUGAAAGUAAAGAUGGUCUUGUUAGAAAAGUUGAAGUUGCUGUGGUUAGGGAUGGUAGACGUGCUUUGUAUGUUAGACCUAUCACAGAUCUUGUAACACUUCUAGAGGUUGAAUGA